UGAUUGUCAAAACAGCUCUUGAUUUGCUCGAGAAACAGGAAAAAGAAGUUGCAGUCGUUGGUAAUGAUAUAGAUGUUUUUGUGGUGAUGAUAGGACGCACUCCCGAGUCAAGCAACUUAUACUUCUAUAAGGUAGCAGCUGGUAAACAAAAAUUUGCUCUGUAUUCGACUAAACACAAUAAAGAAUUAAAGCCGUUUAUUCUGUUUGCACACGCUUUCUCUGGAUGCAAUACUACGAGCAGCUUAUUCAAAAAAGGCAAAAAUCUACGAGAAGCAGUAUCGAUUUUCAACCAUGAAAAUAAAUGUACAGAAGAGUUAUAUAAAGUAGCAGAAAAACUAAUAAUGCAUCUUUACAGUACGUCCAACAAAGAAGUUUCAAGUAUUGCCGAGUUAAGAUUUAACACUUUUGUUUCCACCGCUUCAGUAGCCAAAAACCAAGUGUCUUUAGCAGUGUUACCACCUACAGAAGGAGCAUUGAUUGAACAUGUCAAACGCGUGUAUUUUCAAGUACAGCAGCGGACAGAUAUCAUGCUGCUUCCAACCAUGACAAUGCAAAAACCAGCUCCACCAGACCUAGUUGUAAUGGUGUUUUGUGGCUGCAAAGGAAAGUGUAAUACAGUUCAAUGCACGUGUAAAAAAGCUGGAUUAACUUGCACAAGAAUGUGCAAACACUGUAUCGGUGAAUCCUGUGAAAAUCCAUCUCCCAGAGAAUUUGUUACAAAAAAUGAAGAAUUGCAAGAUUUUAACGACAAUGAAAAUGAUGAGUAUGGUAGAAUGAAGAAAGUAACGAAUAUCAAGAAUUUCAUGAAAUGAAUGAAGACUUUCAAAUGUCAACAGGAAGAAACGAAAACCGAGAAAGGGAAAUACAUCAAAAUGAAAUUGAAUUUAAUGUAGAAGCGAACAAUUGCUUUGUAAGAAACGAAAAUUUUAGAAUAAUACACGAAAAACACAUUUUUUACAAAAA